GCAUCCAAGAUGAAUUCUAAAAGACCAAAUCCAUCAAAUGUAGUCAAUAAUGAGCUAUACAGCGCCAUGACACAAGCCCAAAGGGCAGUUGCGUAUUACAACCAACUUGCACACAGUCAUGGGGUUCGUUGUCAGGUGCCCUAUAACUCUGCACAAUUGAAUUGGUGGCUCCCACCACCACCGCCGCAGCAAGUAUCACAAGCAACAGCUAAUGAUAAUCAGCAGCCCCCGCUGCCACAGAGGACUGAUAAUAAUCAGCAGCCACAGCCAUCAGCUGCAGUUGACAAUAAUCAACCGCUGCAGCCACCACCAGCAGCAGCUAAUGAUCAUCAGCAGCCCCCGCUGCCACCGAGGACUGAUAAUAAUCAGCAGCCACAGCCAUCAGCUGCAGUUGACAAUAAUCAACCGCUGCAGCCACCACCAGCAGCAGCUAAUGAUCAUCAGCUGCCCCCGCUGCCACUGAGGACUGAUAAUAAUCAGCAGCCACAGCAAUCAGCUGCAGUUGACAAUAAUCAACCACUGCAGCCACCGCCAGCAGCAGCUAAUGAUCAUCAGCAGCCCCCGUUGCCACCGAGGACUGAUAAUAAUCAGCAGCCACAGCCAUCAGCUGCAGUUGACAAUAAUCAACCGCUGCAGCCACCACCACCAGCAUCUAAUGAUCAGCAGCUCCCACUGCUACCGAGGGCUGAUAAUAGCCAGCAGCUACAGCCAUCAAGAACAGUUGACAAUAGUCAACCGCCGCAGCUACCAGCAGCAGCUAAUCAUUAUCAGCAGCCCCCGCUGGCACCGGAAGCUGUUAAUCAAUUCCAAAUAUCAAUGUCAGCUUAUCAUAGUCUGCAGUCGAUGUGGGCACCGGAAUUUUAUCCACCAUCUCAACCAGGGGGUUACUCAUGGUUACCACAUGGUUAUGGUAUGCCACAACUAACCACUGUACAGCCACCACCAACCUAUGGCAAUCAACAGCAACCAGGUGAUUUAUCCCUGUUAGCGGGUGCGCGCCAACCUACACCGUUUCCUGGCCUAUCAUCGGUAUCAGCGGCUGCACCUUUAUUAUUAAAUUCAUUGCCACCGCCACCUCCACGAAAUUCUCAGCCACCACCGCCUCUAAUGAACUCUUCGGCACCACCACCAGAGAAAAAUGAUGAUAAGGAAAAUAAUGAUGAUGAGGAUGAUAGGCGCUCUGUUCUUUCUCGAAAAGAAAAUAGCCGUCGAAAUUCGGCAGCCGGCCGAAGUCGUGGAAAUUGGCGGGGACGUAAAAACGCCAGCCAAUCUCAACGUCGGGGAGAAGAAGAAGACAAGGAGAAGGAGAAAGAAGGCAACGGGAGGGGCAAUGACAAUAAAAGAGGCAGCGGCAGAAGGAGAAAUUAUCGUGGAAUGGGUCAACAAUUUAAUAAUAGGAGUAGAAGAGGAAGAGGAAGAACCAACUAUGGAAAAUUUAAUUUUUAUUUGACCUAAAGUAUAAUUGAAUAGAUCCAAAAGAUGAUUUCUGGUCCAAAAAAAAUAUUUUGAUGAGUUUCAUUGUCAUGAUUUAA